GGUUCGAGAUGCCGACCGACGACAAGGAGCACGAGCGGGGCAGAAACGAACGGAUGGCAGGCAGAAAGAUCCGCCUGCGGAUGGCCGACCUCACGGUGAAGUCCGUGCAGGAGCUCAACAGACUGGCCCACUUCAUCGGCGUGGACGUCAGGGGCUGCAUCGAGAAGAAAGAGAUCACGGACCGCAUCGCCGCCUCCGAGAAGGUCGAGAUCAUCCUCGCCGAGGGCGAGGAGCCGCCGGCCAGCUCGUCCUCGUGCGCGGGGCUGCCGCGCUCCACCUGGCUGCAGGGCUCCGGGGCGGCCGGCAGCGCCGCCGGCGCCGAGCCCGCGCCGGCCCCGCCCGCGGAGGCUACGGGCGGC